UGACGCCGCGGCCUGUGGUUGCGGGAUGACGGAGUCGGUGCUCCUCUCUUAAGGUUCCCCGGCAGCCGGCGGCGGAGUGGGCCUGGGGCAGCGGGGUCCGUUCCAGGAUCGAGCGGGUUUGUACCAGCGCGCCGGGCUCCGCCGGCUGCCGUGGGGUCCCGGUUCUCCUGGGUGGCUGGGGGUAUGGGGACCGCCCCGUGAGGACCCCCCCCGGUCGACCUCCAGGACCGCAUCCUGGGGCUCCUGGAAGAGAAGGCUCUAAAAUAGGGAGAGUUGCUAACUCUGCGUCAGGACCGGGCUUUUUCACCUUCGAGGACCGCCUAUUCUGCACUUCUGCCGUGAGAGAGAUAACCAUUGCGUGAUUUUGAUCAGGAAUGAAAUCUGAAAGCUAAGAGCAGAAGCCUUUUUGGUCAACAUGGAGGACAAAAGACGGCGAGCCCGAGUGCAGGGAGCCUGGGCUGGCCCCGCUAAGAGCCAGGCCACUGCUCAGCCAGCUACCACUGCUAAGAGCCAUCUCCACCAGAAACCUGGUCAGACAUGGAUGAACAAGGAGCAUCAUCUUGUGGACAGACAGUUUGUGUUCAAAGAACCCCAGCAGGUAGUACGCAGAGCCCCAGAGCCACGAGUGAUUGACAAAGAGGGUGUGUAUGAAAUCAGUGUAUCACCCACAGGUGUAUCUAGGGUGUGUUUGUAUCCUGGCUUUAUUGACCUAAAAGAAGCCGACUGGGUAUUGCAACAGCUUUGUGAGGUCGUUCCCUGGAAACAGAAAACUGGCAUCAGAGACGAUGUAACUUACAAGCAACCAAGACUUACAGCAUGGUAUGGAGAACUUCCUUACACUUAUUCAAGAAUCACUAUGGAACCAAAUCCUCACUGGCACCCUGUGCUGCGCACACUGAAGGACCAGAUCGAAGAGAACACCGGCCAUACCUUCAACUCCUUGCUCUGCAAUCUUUACCGAAGUGAGAAGGACAGUGUCGACUGGCAUAGUGACGACGAACCUUCCCUAGGGAGAUGUCCCGUCAUCGCUUCCCUGAGCUUUGGUGCCACACGCAGUUUUGAGAUGAGAAGGAAGCCACCACCAGCAGAAUUACAGUGCUCACCCCUUCUCUUCCACUGGCCUUGGUGCCCCCUCCUCCCCAGGAGUGUUGUUCCUGUUCGAAGAGAUCUCGGUCUCAGGAUUGGCUUCAUGUCUGGUUCAGCGCCUUUCCUCUCUUCUUCGUUUUGUGACCCUGUCCUUGUGUCUGUGCUUGAGUUACAGAAGAAGGUCCCGCCUCACUCCCUGAGGAAGCAGUACGCAGAGGGCAGGAGAACACCUGCUCCUCGCUAUGUUGAACCUUGAUCUGGUAACUGACUUUACAGCUUAAGUCAAGAAGCCUUGAGCCCUCUAAUCUCAUGGACAAUGCACUCCCUUCUGGUAUCUUUUCUCCAGUACGACAUACAUCUCCUUUGGUUGGAAUCCUUUUUUUCAGAGAGCCGCCUUUUGCCUCUCUGAGAUGCAGCUGGACCACCCGAGGACAGGGUCAUCUUCCCACCGCUCCCUGGUUGGCUGAUGGGUCAGAGGUUAAUGCUUCAGCACUUACUUGCUACUGGAGAAAAAAAGGUGGCAGGCACAGUUAAAAUCAAUCACUGAAACCAAAAGUUAUUUCAAACAUUGCUUUUACCUUCUGCCUGUAAAAGUUAUGACUGUGCUGCACAAAGUCACUGCCAGUGGUUGGGACCUGGAACUUAAACUGUUUAUGCAAGUUCAUUAUUGUUUUGAUUUUUAUUUUCCUGAGGGAAAUCAUUGUAAAUAGUUGUGUUCUCAGAAGCACCCCUCCAGUAAUAAACAUAAACACAGUAUUGCAGGGAAAUCAAUCUGCAGUAACUCAAAUGCAAUCCCUUGCAUCAGAAGUGAAGUAGAUGAAUGGGUGGAUCUGCCCAGAAUGGAAGAGGAAGGAUCAGGAAGCUCGGGUCUCAACUCUUGACAAGCUCUUUGUCAACUGCACCCCUUUGUCAACUGGGAAGGAGGAGUGACCCCCACCUAUUGGCUGUUUUGCAGGCUGUGCCUGAAGCUUCAUUAGAGUACUGGACAUGAAUUGACUUUGGGCUCUCUGGAAGAGAGGGGCAAUGUAAAUACAAGGCGUUUCUAUCUGAAGUGCUCAGGAGUUGUGACCUAUGCUCCAAGGCUAAAACAGCCAGUCUCAGUUUGCAGCCCUGUUCUGGUCAAGCCAGAGCUCCGUUCUUUAAGAAAAUCUUGCUGUUGACUGUUCUGGAAGGAAACAAGAAUGUAUCUCCAAGACACCAGAGGAGCUAUAGGAAGAGUCAUAACCAGUUUUAACGUAGGCAUCGAUAAGUGAAUUAGCGUAAAUUGUAAAAAGGUGAUGAGAACGUACCACACCAUGUCUUGUUUAAAAGCCCAUUUUUUCCACACUGACUAUGGCAAAACACAGAGCACAGCAUAAAGCAGAUGUAAAGAGUUCUUGUAUAAAUGACUUAACUUCUUCACAGGCCAGAAUGGGCUCUUCUGCAAUGUUAGAUGCUGAUGAGAAUAAUAUCUGGCACUUACACGGUGCUUAAUAUGUGCCAGUCUCUAAGUAACUUACACAGACUGCAUCUGUGGAGGCUCACAACAGCCCUGGUGGCAGGUCCUGUUGUCAUCCCCAUUUUACAGACGAGUAAAUUAAGGUAGAGAGUGGUGACGCAACUUGCCUCAGGCCAGACGGCUGCUGUGGGCAGAGCCAGUAGAUGAACCCCUACAGCCUAGCUGCGGAGGGGUCUGCAUUUCUUGACCACUGUCAGGUUCCAUUGCAUCUUGAUCACACAAGCAAACAAUGGAGUGCAAUGAAUGCUGU